AUGGGCACGCAAGCAGUCCAGGUGGCACAUGUGGUGGCAACUCCUGUGCCACCACCCAUGGCAGGUCCGCCUUCAGCUGCAGGUAUCACAUCAAAUGGUGCCUAUGUUGGGAUAGCUCCACGAGGAGAGGUUGGAUCAUGGCAAAGAGAAUGCAAGCAAGAAGAGGAGGAAAAGAAACGUCAAAGGCGAGAAAGGAAAAAAGAAAAGAAGAAAGAGAAGGCAGUAGAGGAGGAAAUCGAGGUGGACCCUGAUGGGAUUUGGAGGUUUUGUUUCUUCCAAAAAGAUCGUGCUCAUAGAAUUGGGCAUAAGAAAGAAGUUCAAAUGUUCCGAUUUUGCACUGAGGAAGGUUGUACUGCUGAUGUCACAAUGAGAACCCAAAUCCAAUCAGAAUCCAUGCAGUCUGGGCUUGCAAUGCAACAUUUAGGUGAUCUUUUGCUAGAGCUUGGUCGCACAAUGCCCACAUUGCAUAUUGGAGAGUCUCUCAUGUCAACAACGAAUGACUAUAUUGAAGUACAAGAUGAGACGAUUGAAGUUGACAACCCAACCAAUGAUCAAGUUCCACAAGAAAAAGAGAAAAAAACUAAGGAAUUCAACCCAAGAUCGAAAGUUUGGAAAGAAUUUGAAAGGUAUAAGGACGAAAAUGGUGUUCAAAAAUGCAAAUGUAAGCAUUGUGGUGGCGGGAAUUACAAGUGCGAAUCGGGUGUUUAUGGGACCAAAAAUCUAGGAUAUCAUUUAACUAGAUGUAAAGCUUACUUGGAUAAAGUUAAUGGUGGACAAAAACAACAAGUUUUCCAACAUGGUGAUGAAAACAAAUUGUCAUCUUGGAAAUUUGAUCAAAAUGAGUGUCGGAAAGCUCUAGCUCACAUGUUGGUAGUUGAUGAACUUCCUUUUAGCUUUGUAGAAGGUACGGGCUUUAGGUAUUACAAUAGUGUUAACCAACCAUUGUUUAAAGUUCCAUGUAUAAGUACAAGCACAACAGAUGUCUACCAAUUGUUUGUAGACGAAAAAGAAAAAAUUCGUAACUUUAUUAAAAAAAAUGUUGGUAGAAUAUGUUUGACCACCGAUACGUGGACUUCUAAACAACAAUCAUGUUAUAUGUGUCUCACCGCCCACUUUAUUGAUAACGAAUGGAAAUUGAAAAAAAAAGUGUUGUGUUUUUCAUCUCAAGAGAGUCACCGUGGGGUUGAUAUUGGAAAAAUGGUUGAGAAAUGUUUAAUGGAGUGGGAAAUAGAAAAUGUUUUCACAAUUUCCGUUGACAAUGCAAGUGCGAAUGAUGUGGCAAUUGACUUCUUGAAAAAAAGUUUUCAAAACUCCAACAAGUGUCUUCUAAAUGGGAAAUGGAUGCACAUUCGAUGUGUUGCCCACAUUUUAAAUUUAGUGGUGCAAGAUGGCAUAAAAAAAGUUGAUAAGGCGGUUGAGAUAGUUCGAUGGGCGGUUAAAUGGAUUAGGCAAUCGCCUUCUAGAAUUCAUAAGUUUACCGAGUUUGCUAAGGUUGCUAAUCCCGGUAUAACAAAACAUUUGAAGAGAGAUGUGCCAACAAGAUGGAACUCCACUUACCAUAUGUUGGAAAUUGCCCAAGCUUACGAAAAAACUUUUGAUAGAUAUGAUCUUGAGGAAUUUGAUUUUCGGUACGAAAUUGAAAAGGCGGGUUUGUCUAUACCUUCAUCAAGCAAUUGGGAAAGGGUUAGGAAUGUAUGUCAUUUUUUAAAACCUUUUCAUGAUGUUACUUUGAGGAUUUCCGGGACACUUUAUGUAACAUCAAACACAUGCAUUGAAGAUAUAUAUUCCAUUCGUGCGCUCUUGGAUGAUGCUAUUUCCGAUUCUAGUCUUUGUGAUAUUGCAUUGGCCAUGAAAUUGAAGUUUGAUAAGUAUUUUGGCAACAUAGAAAAAAUGAAUUUAUUGCUCUACUUUGCUUUGAUUCUUGAUCCGAGGAACAAAGUAAAGUAUUUGGUUAUACUACUUGAGGAUCGUUAUGGAGAAAUGGGGGUGGAGGCCAAAAAGAAAUAUAUCAUGGAUUCUAUGAAUGAAUUAUAUAAUGAUUAUAUAAGAAUUCAUUCUCCAAGUUCUACUUCAAGUACUGCCGAGUCUACCACUUCAUCAUCGAUACUAGGGAAACGUCAAAACCCAGAUUUUAUGGCACCUAAUCCCCCAUUGAGAAAUAAACUAAGAGAAAAGAUGAAGACGAACAUAGUUGAAUCAAUUGGGGAGUUAGAAAAGUAUUUGCAAGAAAGUGUUGAAGACGACUCAGAAAUGUUUAGUAUUCUAGAUUGGUGGAAAGUGAAUAGUCCCAGAUUCCCGAUUCUAUCAUUGAUGGCAAGAGAUGUGUUUGCCAUUCCCGUCUCAACCGUAGCUUCGGAAUCCGUUUUUAGCACUAGUGGGAGGGUGUUGGAUCCGUUUAGGAGUUCUUUGACUCCUAAGAUUGUUGAAAGUUUAAUUUGUACACAAGAUUGGAUUCGGGGUAGCAUAAGUGACACAAUUGAUUAUGAAAAAGAUUGGGAAGAAAAUCAACAAAUUGACAAAGAAUUGAGCAAGAUGAAGUAG